UACUGUCAAUAAUUUAAAAUUGUCUUUUCAAACAUUUUAUGAAAUGCCUUUCUUUGGAAAUAAAUUUUCACCAAAAAAACCUUCUUCGCGAAAGAGUUUCCUACACAACAGCUCUAAAUCUCCAGAUAAAUUAAUUGAAAAAGACAGCAGUACGAAACUUGCAUUAGGUGAUUAUAUUUUAACAUUUCAAAAUGGAAAAUGGGUUUUAGAAAAUGGAGUUCAAGGAGCCAUGCAUAAAGCUCUAAAAAAACAAAAUUUAAGGAUACAAACUUUAGAAGAGGAAAAUAACCUGCUUAAACUCAAACUUGAAUGUUUUAUGAAUAUGUUAACAGAAACUACUAUAGAUAGUCAUAUACAGCAAAGGGAAAUUGAGAAAUUAAAAACAGAAGUUUUUAACAAUUAAUCAAGUUCACAGGAUA